AACGACGUGCGUUUUAUUGCACCCCUUCACCAACAUGCAGCGCACGCUCGCUUUGACCGUCGCAAGGCACAUUGCCCUCAGGAAAAAGGUCUAUUCGCUUAGUUUUCGACCCACUGCAGCAAUGUCUACACUCCUCAUAAACCAGCCGAAAUACGCAUGGUUGAAAGAACUAGGUCUCAAAGAAGACAAUGACGGUGUUUACAACGGGACCUGGGGAGGCAAGGGUGAGGUCGUCACUUCAUAUUGUCCUGCCAACAACGAGCCAAUUGCCAGAGUGCGGCAGGCAACCUUGGAAGAGUAUGAAGAGACUGUGAAGAAGGCCAGAGAAGCCUGGAAAGUCUGGACUGAUAUUCCAGCACCCAAACGAGGCGAAAUCGUGAGGCAAAUCGGUGAUGCAUUGAGGCAGAAGAUCAAAGUCCUCGGCAGCCUGGUGUCUCUGGAGAUGGGGAAGAUCUAUGUAGAGGGAGUCGGAGAGGUGCAGGAGUACGUCGACGUAUGUGACUACGCUGUCGGCCUGUCGCGCAUGAUUGGUGGACCAGUCCUUCCCUCAGAGAGACCGGGCCAUGCCCUGAUCGAGCAGUGGAACCCUGUGGGCCUGGUGGGCAUCAUCACAGCGUUCAACUUCCCCGUGGCCGUCUACGGCUGGAAUAACGCUAUCGCCCUCAUCUGUGGCAACGUCUGUCUCUGGAAAGGAGCCCCCACAACCCCUCUUACGAGUGUUGCUGUAACAAAAAUUGUAGCUGAGGUGCUGGAGCAGAACAACCUCCCUGGUGCCAUCUGUUCCAUGACUUGUGGUGGUGCUGAUAUCGGCACAGCGAUGGCUAAGGAUGAGCGUGUGAAUCUGGUAUCCUUCACUGGCAGCACCCACGUGGGCAAGCUGGUGUCUCUCAUGGUGCAGGAGAGGUUUGGUCGCCAGUUGUUGGAGCUUGGUGGGAACAAUGCCAUUAUCGUGUUCGAGGAUGCCGACCUGAGCCUUGUGGUGCCAUCUGCGGUCUUUGCUGCUGUGGGCACUGCUGGACAGCGCUGCACCACCACCAGGAGACUGAUGCUGCAUGAGAGCGUCCAUGAUGAAGUGGUGCAAAGGAUAACCAAAGCAUACAAACAAGUCCGCAUCGGAGACCCCUGGGACCCCAACACCCUGUACGGACCUCUGCACACCAAGCAAGCCGUGGACCAGUACCUGGCUGCCAUCGAGCAAGCCAAGCAGCAGGGCGGGACCGUGGUAUGCGGCGCGAAGGUAAUGGAUCGGCCCGGAAACUACGUGGAGCCCACUAUUAUCACAGGGCUGGCACACGACGCUCCCAUUGUCCACACGGAAACCUUUGUCCCCAUUCUCUAUGUCCUGAAGUUUAAGAGUGAGGAGGAGGCCUUUGCUUGGAACAAUGAGGUCAAGCAGGGUCUGUCCAGCAGCAUCUUCACCAAGGACAUGGGCCGAGUCUUCCGCUGGCUUGGGCCCAAAGGAUCCGACUGUGGCAUUGUGAAUGUCAACAUUCCAACCAGUGGGGCUGAAAUCGGAGGAGCCUUUGGUGGCGAGAAACACACAGGAGGUGGCAGGGAGUCAGGAAGCGACUCUUGGAAGCAGUACAUGAGAAGGUCCACGUGCACGAUCAACUACAGCAAGGACCUUCCUCUGGCACAGGGAAUCAAGUUUGAGUGAAGUGUCAUUUGGAAUUUAACAAGACUCAACACGCGACAUUCUCUUGGCAAAGGGAAAUGCAUUAACAAAUGUAACACAGACUUGUCUGGCCUUAACUUGCAUUUGAUACUUCACUUUCCUUCAUAAUCAAAUUGUUUGCUAACUUUGUGACCUCCCACCUGGGGGAAAAAAGAUGCGGUUAAUGUAUUUUGUUAUAUUGAUUUACAUGUUGGCUUAAUGGGAAUUGAUCUUCCAUGCUUUUUUGUAUAGAGAUGCUAAUGUCAUAGAAAAGGUCAAUAACAACUAACUAUUAGUAUGUUCUUUCUCAAAGCACUUCCCUGACAAUGCUGCCUUCUACAAUCUAGUACUUUGUACAAUAAAUCAUGCCUUUAUUUUGGAAACAA